GCAGCCCAUGGCCAAGUGAAAGGGAAUUGGACUUGUAACCAGAGGCUGGCUCAAAUCCCACAACAGGUCAAGGGCAGGGCUGCUCCUAAGUGAGGUACACGCAUUACUCCCAGGUGCAUAUAAGUACCUUAUUGUCUCCAGUUAUUACAGUUAUCGCAACAGAAUAAAAUAAAUAGAUUAAACAAAAACACACAUUACAGACAAUGAAUUCAAAUGAGUUAUUUUUGCACACACACCUAUUGGUGUAGAAUUGGACCUCUGCAUGUAACUCAUCCUUUUAACACACCACUAGUAAACACACACAGGCCUGGCACAGGAGCUGUGGGCAGCAGUUAUCUGCACCCGGGUAGCAAAGGGGAUAUGAUGCCUUGCUCAGUGACACCUAGCCCUUGUAACCAGCAGCGACCCUCUGGUUAGUAGCCCACUUCCUUUCCUCCUGUCCAUGUGCUGCCAUGAAGUGAGUUUCAGUGUGCAAGUAUUCGUCAUUCCAUAUCAAAACAAGCACUUUUACUUUGAAAAUCUGUGAUACAUCAUCAUGAAUAUCUUUAUUGCUAUACCAUGAUUGAAUAUUGUGUAAUAAUGACUGUUAUUUUUCCCCACUUUCUUUUUAUAGACCGGCCCCCUCUUGACCAGACUAGACGCUCAUUGGCCCCCAGGUCACUUGAGUUUGACGCCCCUGCUGUAACGGUUUUGGUCGGCUUUUAUUUUGAAGACACAGACACAGGAAAUCCUGCGGGUCGCCAUUUUAGCUAACUUAAGUCCGGUGUUUUGGUGGAGACUGCGGAGGCCACAAUGGAUUUCCCACGACGAUGAUGGUCAGUCGGCGUGUGCUCGGUGUUUGUGCGAUGAGGAAGACACACACUGAGGAGGAGACACAUGUCGAGCAAACGGUGGAGACUGUGGCCGAGAUUAGAGCACACGUCCCCAGCGGCGGACCAUGGGACUGACGGUGUUGCUACUGCUGCUGCUGCUGGGACUGCUGUGGUUCCGCUGCUCUCCGCUCUGUGCAGGCUGCAGUGAGCAGGUGGAGGUCCACACCGAGCGCAGGGGCGUCAUCUACAGCCCCUCCUGGCCUUUAAACUACCCUGCUGGAGUCAACUGCAGCUGGCACAUCCAGGGAGGACAGGGAGAGGUCAUCACCAUCAGCUUCCGUAACUUUGACCUGGCGGAGACGGGAGGUUGUUUGGGAGACUGGCUGCUGCUGACUGUGAGGAAUGGGGAGUUCAGGCUGUGUGGCUCCAUGCUACCGCCGCCCAUUAUCUCCACCAGGGGGCGCAUGUGGCUUUACUUCCACUCGAAGGCCAACAGCUCUGGACAAGCCCAGGGUUUCCGUCUCUCUUACAUCAGAGGUCACCUCGGUCAGAGCAGCUGUCAAGCGGAUGAAUUCUUAUGUGGGAAUGGGAAGUGUCUCCCUCGCUCUUGGAAGUGCAACGGUCAGGAUGAGUGUGGCGAUGGCACCGAUGAACGCAGCUGCUCCCCGCCUCCCACUGAGGCUCAUCCCGGCCUCUGUCCUUUUGCCUCCCUGCCCUGCACUGAGGCUCAGUCCACCCGCUGUCUUCCGGCUGCCUUGCGCUGCAACGGAGCACGGGACUGCACCGAUGGAACCGAUGAGCUAGGUUGCCCCGACACCGCCUGUGGCAAACACCUGAGAAAUUUCUAUGGUUCCUUUGCUUCCCCAGAUUUUUUCCGGCCUAACCGCAGCACUGCGUCAGAGCUGACAUGUUCCUGGCUGCUGGACACCCAGGACCCCAAACCCAUCAUGCUGCAGCUGGACCUGCAGCUUGGGCCCAGAGACUCGCUGCAUGUGUACGACGGCUUGCUGCAGCAGGCGGAGCAUCUUUUACAGGUGCUGUCGCAUCAUAACAACAGACGCAUGGUGCUGCUGGAGUCGAGCCGCGGAGAGAUGAGUGUGCUCUACAUUGCCCAGCCUCACAGCCCUGGACAUGGCUUCAAUGCUACAUAUCAGGUCAAAGGAUACUGCUUUCCCGGUGAACACCCCUGUGGCAGUGACCAGGGCUGUUUCUCUGAACGCCAGCGCUGCGAUGGCUAUUGGCAUUGCCCCUCUGGCCGCGACGAGGAAGCCUGCCCAACGUGUCCAGACGGGGAGUUUCCCUGUGAGGGAGGUGCAGGCAUGUGCUACCCAGCCUCGGAGCGCUGCAACAACCAGAAGAGGUGCCCCGAUGGGUCGGAUGAGAAGAACUGCUACGACUGCCAACCUGGAAACUUCCACUGUGGGACUAACCUGUGUAUCUUUGAGACGUGGCGGUGCGAUGGCCAGGAGGACUGCUUAGACGGGAGCGAUGAAAGAGACUGCCUGGCUGCAGUUCCCAGGAAAGUCAUCACUGCCGCCCUGAUCGGCAGUCUGGUCUGCAGCCUGCUGCUCGUCAUUGCCCUCGGCUGUGCUCUCAAACUUCACUCACUCAGGAGCAGGGAGUACAGGGCUUUCGAGACUCAGAUGACUCGCAUGGAGGCAGAGUUUGUUCAGAGAGAGGCUCCUCCCUCCUAUGGUCAGCUGAUCGCCCAGGGUCUCAUCCCUCCCGUGGAGGAUUUCCCAGUAUAUAAUCCUACUCAGGCCUCUAUGUUACAGAACCUGCGGGUGGCGAUGCGCAGACAGAUCAGACGUCAUUCAACGCGCCGCUCGUCCUCCUCUUCCCCAUUUCAACGUCACCUCGGGCAUCUAUGGGGUCGCCUGAUUCGUAGCAGAGGGAGAGCCAGGGGCCACAUCCCCUUGCUGGAUUCCCCUGGACCCACACAGAUCAUACUGGGACUCCACAGCUACCGCACUGUGGGGGAGCAGGGGCCUCCGGUCAGGGCCAGGGAUCAGCUGGGGGACGAGGAUGAUGUAGUGGGGGGUAUGUCAGGCUCCAGCUGCUUAGCCACCAUGGGCCUGCAGCCAUGCACACCAGAGAGCCCCGCCUCACCUCUCUCCUCACAAUCAGUGGACAGUCCAGACGACGAGGACCUCUUGCCUGUUUGCGAGGAAGGAGCCAGGACUCCACUGUCGGAACCUCCCGCUGCUGGUCACAGUGACUCAUCAGCCCACAGUGAACAUCGUCCCACCCCACAGGAAGCAUCUAUGCCCCUCUGCCACCCACGGCUAUCUAAGAAACUAGUUCUGGAGCUUGCAGUUAACUUUCAAGGAGUCUCCUUAAGACGUUAUUCCCCUCUUGGGCCCUUGUCCCCUAUCUCACCUCCUGUGUUUUCCAGCAGCUCCUUGACACCAUUAACCCAGUCUCAUUCACAGAGUCCAGAGGUGACUUCACCCACUGGGCCCUUGUUGUCUCCUGUGAAAGCAGAGGACACUAACAGCCAUUUUACUGUUCAAAUGCCAAGCAGGGACAGAAGGAACAGGGAUGAGAGGAGGAGGAGGGAGGGAAAGAGUAGACUCUCCACGUUCAGCAGGACCCUAAAUGAUGAGGGUGGAGGCUCAGAGAGGGAGGCAACGUCAUCCUGAUACAGUUUUGGAAAGAUAAUCUUCACUGUAUCACUCUGUUGAGACCUGAUGGUGAUAAUAUCAGUUCUGCUAAAGUGUCCUUGAAAGGUGAGACCCAUACCUUAGCCUGACUGUUGUAGGAGGUACAGAAUCAGACCCAAUAUCAUACAGUUAACACGUGUUAAUUCUCGGGCUCAAACCAUUAAUCGAUUAUGAUUGAUCACUAAAUUAAAUGUCAACUAUUUUGAUAACCAGCUUAUCAGUUUGAGUGUUUUUUGUUUGUUUUUUAAAUACGUAAAUGGGAUUAUUUUCUGAAUACAUGUCUAAGAAACCAUUAGACAUUUGAGAACAUCAUCAUUUCAAGGCUUGGGAAACACCAAUCCACAUUUUUCAAAAUUCUCUGACAUUAUAUGGACCAAACGUCUAAUCGUGAAAAUAUCGAUUAAUUCAUGAAAAGAUUUGUUUGUUGCAGCCUGAGUUUAUUCUAUCUUUUUGAACGGUUAUCAUUUAGAUUCAGUGAAACAAACAAAAGCCCAAAACACAAAUUAGCUCAUGCCACCUUUUCUCAACACUGGCAUUGCUUCUGCUAAAUCUUACUGUGCACUUCCCUGCUUAACCUACCCACACAUAGACUUACUGUUACAGAGAAACACACUUAGAUUUGGCUCCCAGUACCAAAACAAUACAAAUAGCAGCACGUUUGCCACAGCAGCCUUUUGUCGUAACCCAGAGCCAUUAUACGCCGUUAUAUACUGUGUGAACCAUAAAAGCCUAGCUCAUCACCUCUUUCCCAUCUUAGUCCCAUUUUUCUUGUCAGUCAUGGAAGGCUGUCACUUUAAAGAAGAUUAAAAUGGUUGUUUUCGCUAACAGCAAAAUAUGAAAAAACCAAAACUUCCAAAACCAGCUUUUAGUUGUUAUGUUUCCUUAUGUUUUUUACCGAGUUUACUUCCAAUUUUAUUUUUUAUUUAGACUUCUUCCCUGUGUUUUACUUAAUUUCCCUUGAUUACCAGUCCAGCUUUUUUGUUUACACCUGUCUUUUCAUCUUCCCUCCCUUUUUAGUUUGUAGCGUCUGUAUGUCCGUGUUCUGACAGCAUCCCAGCCUCGUGUGUUAUUUUUACCUGUAUCAGGACCUUGUCUGACUGCAUAUUGUGCACCAACCCCCACCAACUAGGACCCUGUGGAUUCAGUUUAUGUUUAUGUGCAUAUGUGGGAAAUUCAAGAGACACUGUUGUGGAGGUUAUUCCACCACGACUAGCAAAAAAAAGACAAGGUCUGGGUACAGGCUUAAAUGUUCUUUUUAUUGGGAUUUGUUGACAAUAAGAAAAAUACUGAAAUAACCUCCAAAACACAACUAUCCAAAAGUAAAUGCAGUAUACCAAGAGUAAACUGUAUCUAAACUAUAUGUAACCUAAGGCUGUUGGCUUUAGAUUUUUUUUUAUUUUUUUUUUCAUUUUAAUAGUAUGACAAUAUUAUGAGACAGCUAAUAUGUUACGCUAAUCCAGUGUUUCUUAAUCCCGGUCCUCAGGGACUGCGUGUUUUGAACGUUUCCCUGCCCCAACACACCUGAUUCACAUGAGUGGCUCGUUACCAGUGCUUAACGAGCUGACCAUUAGAAUCAGGUGUGUUGGGAAACAUGCAGGGCAGUUGGUCCUGAGGACCAGGAUCAGGAGUCACUGUAAACUGGCUGUUGGCUUUAGCGUUCUUCUUAUCCCCAGCAUUUAGGCUGCUUUUCCCCAUUACUAUGUUAAAAUAUAAUCUCUUAUA